GAUCUGAAAAAAUUAAUCAAAUUAAUUGCAAUUGAAUUUGAACAAAAAAUGGGGAGUGAUUUUUGUUAUAGUCGCAGUCCAAAGUGUCGUACAAAUGAAUAAUGAAUUUAUCGAUAUCGGUAUCAAACGCUGUUGAUAUUUGAACAACAGAAUGGAUUAAAGUGUAAGAUGUAUGGUGUUAUGAUAGAAGAGAACGAAUGACAUAAUAUGUAUUUGUAAUUCGUAUUAAUUACUGCAAAAAUUAAGGGUGCACACAUUUUACACAUGACGAACGAAAUGUAUGAUGAAGAUUAAUCUUCAUAAUUCUUGAUAUUACAACGUAUCUCUCGUUAUUUGACUACUUCUUUUUUUAUUAGUUUUGCACACUUCUACAUCUGUAUACUGAUGAUAUAAUUGUAUGAGUUACAAAAUCAUUAAUUUGAGAAAGCUUUGGGUAAAACGAUAACGCUAAAACUCUGGCUGUUCAAUGGUCAUUCUUUAUCUGUGCUUGCAUUUUUCUUCUUUAUCAUCUUGGGAAAUGUAGAAAAUAAAAGAAGACAUUUCAUUUACUAAAAUAAUUUUUACUUUAUGGUUUAUUAUCAAGAAUUUCUAAAAGUAUUGAGAUACAUUAUGGAAAAUGGAAUAAAAACGAUUAGUUCUAUGGAACUGUCCAAUUCGCGGGCAAAUAUUUCGAAUGAAGUGGAAUUGCCGAUUGAUAUGCGUUUCAACGAAGGCCACAUUGUUAGUAUUGUCUUUUACAGCGUGUUAAUGAUAAUAUCUGCAAUCGGAAACACGACGGUGUUAGUAUUAAUUAUGCGUCGCAAACGUGUAUCCAAAUCGAGGAUACACACGAUGUUAAUGCAUCUUGCGAUCGCUGAUCUACUUGUAACUUUUUUAAUGAUGCCACUCGAAAUCGGUUGGGCGGUCACAGUCUCCUGGAAAGCAGGAGACGCGAUGUGCCGAAUAAUGGCUUUUUUUAGGAUGUUCGGUCUGUACUUAUCAUCUUUCAUUCUGGCAUGCAUAAGUAUAGACAGAUAUUAUGCAAUAAUAAAACCAUUGCAAUUGUGGUAUAUUAAUAGAAGAGGAAAAAUUUUGUUAUGCUUCGCUUGGGUGGGAUCUGUCUUGUGUUCAAUGCCUCAGAUGCUAGUAUUUCACCUGGAAACUCAUCCAAAUAUCACAUGGUAUUCACAGUGUGUCACGUUUAAUGCAUUUCCAACAUAUACUCACGAAAUAACUUAUUCUCUCUUUGGAAUGAUCAUGAUGUAUUGGUUUCCCCUUGUCGUAAUAAUAUACACCUACGCGAACAUUUUACUGGAAAUAUGCAGAAGAUCGAAAAAUAGCGAAGAUAAAAUUCGUCGUUCUUCUAUGGCUUUUCUUACACGAGCGAAAAUACGAACAUUAAAGAUGACGGUGAUCAUUGUUGCUGUAUUCUUUAUUUGCUGGACACCAUAUUACGUAAUGAGUCUUUGGUAUUGGAUUGAUCGAAAUUCAGCAUAUAAAGUUGAUCAACGAAUCCAGAAAGGUCUCUUUCUAUUCGCAUGUACAAACUCCUGCAUGAAUCCUAUUGUUUAUGGUGCAUUUAAUAUUAGAGAUCGUAAUAAGACAUCUGUAAGACCAACUACUAUAGAAACUCGAGUCACUCCAUUGUCACUGUCACUCAAGCUUCUUGAUUAACGUUUACUUUUCUGUAAGAGAUGUUAAUUAGAAUUGUAAGUUAAGUCUAGUCCUCAAUAUCAAACUUAACUGUGAUUGACCAUAUACUUCAGAAAAUGAUAUUUGCUAUAAUUAAGUACUAAAUAUUAAUAGCUUUUUUGGAUGAAGACCAAAUAUGUUGUAAGUUAUUCUUACAAUAGGGUUGGAUUCGAAUAUCUGAGAAUACAGGUUCGGGAUGAAUCGGAAGAAUUCGGGUGAGAUCCUGCCCGAAUCUUUCCAAUCCGUCCUGAAGCUUGGAUUUCCAAGUCCCUUACAACCUUAAGCACCUGUAUAUAUUUAAAAUAAUAAUUAAAUUAUUAAACUUCUCUAAAGUAACAAUACUAUUUAUUCACUCAUUUGUAUGAAAUUUAAAUAAAGUUAUUUUCUUACAAUAAAAAAUA